AUGUUCCCGGAUGCGGUGGACCAGCCUAUGGCCGGGUCUUGUUCGGUGGCGCCGGCGGGCACGGACCAGCUCGACCUGGAAGCCGCGGAGCAGCUCAUCCAGCUGAGCGGAGGCGACAGCGCUGCCGCCGGCGACAACGACGCCGGGUCGGAGAGCAGGAGCGCGGACAGCGUCAAGUGCGGCAGGAAGGAGAAGGAGAAGGAGAAGGAGAAGGAGGCGGCGGUGGAGAGCCGCCGCAGGAGGAGCGCCGGGAGGAUUCCUGCCGCCGGGAAGGAUGAUGGCAGCGCCAGCGGCGACUCGGAAAUCAAGGGCGUGGACAGCUUCGCGGCGUGCAGCGCCACGGCGGCCGACGUGGUGGAGAAGGAGAAGGUUGUAGUGGUGGAGAGUUGUCGUCGGAGGACCGCCGCCGCUGAACGGUGUCCCGCGGGGAAGAAGGAUCGUGACGGCGGCAUCGUCCGCGGGGAGGCGAGGAAGAGGCCGAGGUUCCGGUUACUGGCGGAUAUUUACAGGGACACGGAGCCGAGACGGCUUACGGCCGGUGGCGGCGAGGGCCACGCGGAUCGUGAUCCACCGGAGGGCGAGAGGAAGAAGGAGAUAAAAAGAGCGCGGCCGACGAGGUGA